GCGCUGGCCGCCGCCGUCGCGUUGGAAGAGGCUAUGAUGGCGGAAUCGGCGAUGAAAGUGGCCGCUGCAGCUAGGACGGAUGGUGAGCUGGCUCUGGAGUUGGAAAAGGUUUUUCUGGAAGAUGCUAUCGAGUCAGCGGAGCUAUUGGCAGAGAAAGUGGAUGCCUUGGCCGCCACCUUCGCGAAGAAUCAGGCCAUUUUGAGUGCAGAAGCUGAGAAAGCGACAGCCGUCACUGACGGACACCACGACGGCGCCGUCGCCAAGAAUCCCGCCGGCAUCGCGCCUGUCCGACGUCCGCAACUACAGUCCGCCGUAUGCCGCCCCCCCGCCGGAAAUGGUGAGCUCCGGUACAACGCCGUUCGUCUCGCCGUCGAUUCCACCUUCUUCGGCGGCCUCCAUGUAGCAAUUCAUAUCCGCUAG